GGAGACGGGAGAGGAGGAAAAGGAGGAGGAGGAGGAGGAGGAGGAGGAAGGCUCCGUGCCCACCCCGCGCUCUCUCCCGCAGGGAAAUACAGCCCUGAGCUGAGCCCGUCCUUCCUCUUCAGCCUGCCCUACCUCCUCCUCCUCACCUGGGCCGGGCUCCGGCUGUUCCGGCAGCCGCGGCCGCUGCCGAACCUCAGCCCCGAGCAGAUGGCGGAGGAGCAGCGCAAACCCCUCUACCAGCGGCCCCAGGACCUGCUCCUCAUCCUCAUCCUCAUCCUCACCGCUGCCUUCACCUUCUUCAGGGGGAUGGUGGUCCUGGACUGCCCGGCCGAUUCCUGUUUCGACUACACCUACCUGCACGAGCCCUACCUGCGCGACCCCGUGGGUUACCCCAAAGUGCAGAUGCUGAUCUACCUGUUCUACCUGCUGCCCUUCCUCAUCCUCGCCAUCUACGGGCUGGCGCUGCCCGCCUGCUCCUGGCUGCCCGACUGGAGCCUCGUGGUGGCCGGAGGGUGUCCGCAGGCUCAGUUCGCACACGUGGGCUCCUCGCUGCACUCCCGCACGCCGUUCCCGUACCAGACCCCCGACGAGGUCCUGUGGAUUUUCCUGCUCUCCAACAUCCUGUACGCGCUGGGCCCGCAGCUCCUGGCGCUGCGCUGCCUGCGCUCCCCGGCCUUCUUCCUCCUCCUCCCCGCUGCCCCCGGCACGGCCCGCCACAAGAAAUACCUGUGACAUGUCCUGCUGUCCCCUCUGGGCUGCUGUCACCACCCCGGGGCUGCUGUCACCACCCGGGUCCUGCUGUCACCACCCCGGUCCCGUUGUCCCCACCCCGGCGGAUCCCACCCGGUGUCUCUCGCCCCGCUCAGAGCUCUGUCCCCAGAAGUGUCCCCAGAGGUGCCCAGUGGUGUCCCCAGAAGUGUCCCCAGUGGUGUCCCCAGGGUGUCCCCAGAGGUGCCCAGGGGUGUCCCCAGUGGUGUCCCCAGGGUGUCCCCAGGGGUGUCCCCAGGGAUGCUCCGCUCCCCCAAAAGCUGUGGGGACCCCGGGAUGCUCCGCGGGGACAUCGCUGCAGCCCCGGCCCUGCCCUGGUGUCUCUGCUGGGGGGACUCAGGAGCCGCGGUCCCUCCCGGGGGUCCCGCUGGGUCCCGGGGGUCCCGGUCCCGGUUCUGGGGUGGGGACAGCGCCAGGGUCACAAAAUAAAGGAGCCCAGGUUCACCCCGA